AUGGAUUCUUCCUGUUGUGCGGAAGGCAGUAAAAUCUACAAUAGCGACCCCAGCCAAGAUCAUGAGUAUCUUCCCAUCGCUGGUAUUCCAGCAUUCAACAAUGCAGCUCAGGGUUUAAUUCUUGGACAAGACUCUGUCGCGAUUACAGAGAACAGAAACACCAAGGAUUUUGAUCUCAAAGGCAUGACGGAAACUCUCAAGUCCGCUCCAAAGGGAAGCAUUGUGGUUUUACAUAACUGUGCCCAUAAACCAACUGGAGUGAACCCCACAGAAGAUGAUUGA